GUCUCAGAGAAGCCCAAUUCCGCCUUCGGAAGCACUGCAACACCUAAACUCUUCGGGCGCCACCCGGUCCUCCUUUACCAAAACCCUGGCCCUGGGCGCAUCUCGUUACUUGGAUCUAGCGCAUCUUGACUCAGAAGAAGGCGCAGCUCGCAGUCGCCUCGCCUCGCCUGUGCCUGUGCACGUGGCGGCCCCCCUAAAAUGGCCGCCCCCGCGCCGCGCUUCAAGACGUUCGUGGAGUUCUAUCCCUUCUACCAGAGCCAGCACCGCCACCGUGGAACACGUGUCCUGCACCUGGUGGGCACGGGCAUGGCGCUGCUGACGGCAGUGGCGGCGCUGGCCAGCCGGCGCCCGCGGCUGCUGCUGCUGGUGCCCGUGCUGGGCUACGGCCCCGCCUGGGCCUCUCAUGCACUGGUGGAGCGCAACCGGCCCGCAACGUUCAACUAUCCGCUGUGGUCGCUACUGGCUGACCUCCGGAUGUUUGUCAGCGUGCUGACGGGCCGGGAGCCGCUGGCAAUGCAUUGAAGGCAAACAGUAAGGCAGCGGCGCAGAGCGCUAGGCUGCCCGGGAGGGUGUUGGGUGCCAGCGGUGGUUUAUAAGCGGCCCAGCGUUGUCACGUUGAUGGAAUGUAGGCGGGUUGUCGCUCAGGCGCGGGGGCACCACUUCCUGGAACAGCCGUGUCCCCGAAGGGCGGUGGUGCAGAGCGGUUGCCGGAUGGGAGUUGCAAUCCAGGCGUGCCAUGCGCAUCAUGCUUGGCGCCAGGCCCGAGCACUUGCAGCGGUAUAAGUCAUUCUUGCAUUACCUUGCUCCCGUAGCUCAGCGGCGAGGGACGCCAGGUUCCAAAUGCUGCCGAGGACUGGCUGAAUGGAAUGCUAAGGCUCCAUCCGGCGGCUUAGCCAACACAAACAUCAUUUCUACUAUACUUACAUAGAAUUCUGCGAGGUUCAUCAAGCGAAAACUGGCCCCAGCGCAAACCAACUUUUGGUCAUUUUGGGUUCCAGUGCUUUUCUGCGGUUCAUGGGCCUGAGGCAUAAUCAUUACUUAUAUGAGCCAUGUUGAAUUGUGUGCUCGCAUGGCAACAGCUCGCGGCAGACCACCCCGGAGCCAAGCAUCAAGGCAUGGCGCUCAGUGCUCCUGGCCUUGGAGGACCGUGUAAGGAGUUUGAGGCAGCGGGAAUGCACCACAAACUAUGGAGGUAAGCCCGGCAAGACCGAACGCUGUGCCAGUGCACCGAACGGCCUCCGCAAAUGUGGAGCAGAGGGUUUGCGCCAGGCUUUGCCGGGGGAUGCAGGAGCUUAGGACUCAAAAUGACGAGUAGUUAGAUAGGCUCAGAAUGGCAUUUGAUGUGAAAAUGUGCUGGAAACCGGGCGACUGGUGCACCGGGUUGCGGUGCGCGGUGCGCCCGGGCCUUUGGCGCUCUGUUAGAACCUUGAAAGACAACGGGAACGUAGGUAGUAGGAGCUGAGUAAGCAUUGCUGAAGAAAAAUGUCCGCGUUUGUCU